AUGCGCCAAUUUGGACAGCAAAAGUCCUCACGUGAACGAUUUCCCGUUGACUGGAUCUCGCCUCAGAACACAACCAGAGGAUGCCCACUCUCCGUGUUUUCGUCCUUUGCGCUGCAGAGUAAAAUGCGCCCUAAGUCACGUGUCGAGGUCUCGGGGGAAGGUGGCCUAUUGACGUCGAAAUAUUCUAUACUUGGAAGAUGGAUGCACCCUCGCAUGCCUCUCAAGGUAGACCAGAUGUGUUCGUCGUAUGCACUGAUGUUCUCCUCCCAUAAAGAGCCCAUUAGGCCGGCAUACAAUGUGGCUGUCAAUCCCUUUCGGCUACGGAGCAGUCUCGCGGAAUAUGUAAACUUGCCUUGGCUUAAUCCUGAACAAGUUAAGCCGUCACAUUUCCUGCUUGUCUCUAAAGCCAGUAGGCCGGCUGAGCAAAUGCGAACCUGGAUAGCGAAUUAA